AUGCCCGACACAUCGGUCCUCGAGACCAACCCCCACCUUGCGCACUACGUCUUCAAGUUAGUGCAGACGAAUUCGUCGCUCCAGUCGCGCGCGACGCCGGCCACCGGCACCAGUGGGCAGCACCCACUGAGCGUGUCGUCGUCUGGCGAAUCAGACGAGGAAGAUGACACUCUCAACGAGGAUGGCGAUCAAGAUCCCGCGUCUGUCGACGAGAGCAAGCUCUCAACGUCGUCUGACUCGGCGUCGUCCCUCCCUAAUGGCCGCGCGCCUGCCGUGCCGAGCCGCGAGGGGCGCGAGGAACUUGUCCGCAAGAUCAUCGCUCUCCUCGACAACGAUCAAGAGGAGGAUGUCAAGGACCUCCUCCGCGAACCCAUGGGCGAGCUUGGCAAGGACGAUUUUCUCAUGGACCAAGUCUGCCUCGACUGCAUGCACCGGCAUCGAGACGACCUUGCCGGCCUCGCCUAUCAGCCUGGGAGUUUUACGCCCACACGUUCGCGCCGCCCGUUCACACCUCCGCUCGUGGGAACGCUGCGCUCGCGCACGCCACUCGCGCGGCCUCACUCGCCUGUGACGCUGGGAAGCGGCGCCACCACUCCGACUUACGGCACUGGUCCGUCCGCCCUCGGCCGAGUCGACUCCGCUUCGUCAGCGUCCUCUGCGCCGCCGGCUCCGGCCUCGUCUUCUGGUUACAGCAGCUCUGGGUCGCCCGUAUUGUCACCGCGUGUGCUCAACGUCAAAGCGGCCGCGUUCAACCCGUCCACCUCGCCGUCGGUACCAGCGCCGGGUGGCCGCCCCGUUCCAUCGCUUAGCAUCAACGCGGCCAACACCAACUUUGCGCCCAGCGACAAUCCAUGGCGCGAUUCUGUGCCGGAGCCUCUUCCGCGCUCUGGCUCGCCGUUUAUGAUCGGCGGACAGGGUAUGGCGCGGACUGGCUCAAACCGCGCCAUCGCUGCGCCUCUCAUCAGCGACCCGUCCAGCCCCUUCCACUCUCCUCUCGGCACGCCGACGCGUUCGCAUAUGCGUCUCCGCGACAGUGAUUACGCCUCCCCUACGGCCGUGCGCCCCGCGAGUCGUGGCGUCGUCCCUGACGAGGCUGACGACGAGGAGUUUUCUCCCUUCGGCUCGUCGCUGCCCAGGCUUCACCUGCAGGAGUCGUCUGGUCUUAACACCCAGGCGCGGCCCUUUGAACCUUUCGGUGCCGCCGACGGCCAGGACGAAGACGAGGAGGACGACCCUACGAACGCGUCAAACGGCAUGACACCUCUUGACGUGCUUGCACAGGUCUUUUCCACGGUUCCGCGUCACCAGCUGGAGACUGCCCUCCACAACGCCGGAUACGACUUUGAGGCGGCGAUGGCCAUGCUGGUAUCGCAGUUCACGCUGCCAAGGUCAGGCGCGUCAACGCCCAACCGUGUCUCGUCUCCGCGUCCCCUGAUUGGCAUUGACGGGCGCGGGGUCAACCACGGCCUGGCCCCCAACCAGGGCUACUUCAACCAGGGCGGGCGCAACUUCCAAGGCCCUGCCGCAGGGUUUGGUGGUCCGCGCAACGUUGGCCCAACGCGAAUGUGCAGGUACUUUCUCAACGGCGAGUGCAGACGGUCCGACUGUCGCUUCAGUCAUGACCUCGACCGCGCGCUCUGCCGGUUCUGGCUGCGAGGGCACUGUGCCAAGGGUCCUAACUGCGAGUUCAUGCACAACCUCCCCCCCAGUAUGGACCCAUCGGCACUCAACGCGGCCAUGCAGCGUCUCGAUAUCAACUCGCCAGGAGGGUCGCGGCCUGGAACGCCGCCGGUUCACGGCGCGUACGGCGCAGGCGACGACUUCCCCGACCUCCUGGCUGCGCGCCUGAACAGGCAUGUGGGGCGCUUUGACCCGGCACGCAACCGCUUUGCCAACGCGGUGAAGCGGCCAAUGCCGGCGGCACCAGUGCCAACUUUGACUGCGACCGGCGGCCGCUUUUCACCUGCGCCUGGGGCAGCGGGCUUUGGCGGCGGCACCGGCGCGUUCUCGCCUGCUCCUGGUGCGGGUGCUCCGGCACCCUCCCCUCCUGCGCAGCCGCGUCCGUCGAACCGCGUCAAGUUACAUCCACCUACUCUGCUCCCAACACUCAAGACGGGACAGGCCGCGAACGAGCAGUACAUGAGUGCCCGUGCAACGUCCAUCCGACUGGGACACGCACGCAACGCAUGCCUGGCCCGCGCAGCCGACGCGUUCCGGCGCGGCGACGGGGCGGCCGCGAAACGAUUCUCGCGCGAGGGCAAAGCGUUAAACGAGAAGAUGGUGAGCGAGAGCCACGAGGCUGCGAACAUGCUGGUCAAGGAGCGGAUGAAGGACGCUCAGAAGGCGGUGCGCGAGCGCGACCCGUCCUGGUCCGACGAUCCGCGUGACCGCUCCGAGCGAGGUCGCGAGUGCGGCGCGGGCUUUGGCCUCGUCCUCGGCGUCGCGGCGGCGAGCAAGGUGCCGGACGGGGCAAAGCUCAGCUCGGAUGAACGCACCGAGUGUCUCCUCGACCUACAUACGCUGCACGGGAACGAGGGCGCGGAUAUUGCCUCGCAUUUCCUGGCCGAGCUCGAGCGGGAGAACUACCGUGGAUUAGCAUACGUCGUCGUCGGCGAGGAAAAGCACGUGGGGCAGCAGGACCCGGCGCGCGGCGCGAGCAAGGUACGCCUUGGGGCGAGCGUCAAGUCGUUCCUCGGCGAGUGGGGAUACGCAUGGAGCGAGGCUGGGGGCGUGCUAUGCGUUGACCCGUGCCGGUAG